AUCAGUUUUGAUUCAAAUUUGUACCUGAUUGAUUGAUACUCACGAACAUCUCCAGCGAGAUCCGUUUUAUUUACCUUGUAAAAUGGAAGAGGGUCGUGCCGAUCUAUGAAGAGAUAUUCAUUAACAUGUGGAACCCAUCCUUUUCGAGGAAAUAGAAAAAAAAACACCUUGAUAUAGUUUAUCAGAUCAUUUUUGGAUAUUCGAUGCUUUAUCGACAAAGCUAAUACAGACAAUCUAUCUGCUUUAAUAGGACCCAAUCCGACAACCAGCAUCACCCAUCGCCGUACUUCUACACAUACCUUCACCUGCGCUUUUUUGGUCUUGUUUGGCUAUUUUCUUUUUUCAGUUCAUGAACAUGUCUUUUGCCAUGAAGAUCUAGACAAGCCAAACCUGUUUUUCGCGUGUGUGUGAUUGUGCAGAGACAGAUGGGGUGUAAUGUGGUGUGCUCAGCCUGAGUUUUCACCUCCUUCUCGGCUGCUCCCUAACCAUUGGCGUUUGGUGUCUACAGAAUGGCGCGCUUUGGAGACGAAGUGCCGCCCAGGUAUGGCGGCGUCCCUGGCCAAGGGGGACCCGGCCGCGGCGGCAGCAGGCAGGGCGGCCCGCCGGGAACCCAGCGGGUGUACAAGCAAUCCAUGGCCCAGAGAGCCCGAACCAUGGCCCUGUACAACCCCAUCCCGGUCCGGCAGAACUGCCUGACGGUCAACCGCUCGCUGUUUCUGUUCAGCGAGGACAACUUUGUGAGAAAGUACGCCAAGAAGAUCACGGAAUGGCCUCCGUUCGAGUGGAUGAUUCUGACGACCAUCAUCGCCAACUGCAUCGUGCUGGCGCUGGAACAGCAUCUCCCCGACGGAGACAAGACGCCGCUGUCAGAACGGCUGGACGACACGGAGCCGUACUUCAUUGCCAUCUUCUGCUUUGAGUCGGGGAUCAAAAUCCUGGCUCUGGGCUUCGCCUUUCACAAGGGUUCCUAUCUGAGAAACGGCUGGAACGUCAUGGACUUUGUUGUGGUGAUGACAGGGAUCUUGUCCACAGUGGGCUCAGAGUUUGACCUGCGGACACUCAGAGCAGUCAGAGUGCUCAGACCACUUAAACUGGUGUCUGGGAUUCCCAGUCUACAGGUGGUGCUCAAGUCUAUCAUGAAGGCCAUGAUCCCACUGCUGCAGAUUGGCCUGCUGCUCUUUGUGGCCAUCCUUAUGUUUGCCAUUAUAGGCCUGGAGUUCUACAUGGGCAAGUUCCACAAGACCUGCUUCAAUAAUAUCACGAAAGAGAUAUAUGACAAGCAGCCGUGUGGCGAGGCGCUGCCAGCGCGUUUGUGCCCCGAGGGCACCAUGUGCACUGAGUACUGGAUCGGACCCAACUACGGCAUCACGCAGUUCGACAACAUCCUGUUUGCCGUGCUCACUGUCUUCCAGUGCAUCACCAUGGAGGGCUGGACCGACAUGCUGUACUAUAGCAACGACGCCUCAGGGAGUGCCUACAACUGGAUGUACUUUGUCCCCCUCAUCAUCAUCGGCUCCUUCUUCAUGCUCAACCUGGUGUUGGGUGUGCUGUCCGGGGAGUUUGCCAAAGAGAGGGAGCGUGUGGAGAACAGGAGUGAGUUUCUCAAACUGAGGCGACAGCAGCAGAUUGAAAGGGAGCUUAACGGCUACCUGGAGUGGAUCUGCAAAGCAGAAGAGGUCAUUCUGACUGAAGAUGGCAAAAACCCAGGGAACAAAUAUGAUGCCAAGCGGCGGUCCACCCUCAAGAAGACUAAAACUGACCUGCUGAACCCAGAGGAGGGAGAGGACCACUUAGGAGAUGCUGGUGGCCCGUUCGGCAAAGGCGACAACACGGCGAUGAACAAGCGGGAGCGGCGCCUGCGCUUCUUCAUCCGCAAGAUCGUGAAGACGCAGGCCUUCUACUGGACCGUGCUCAGCCUGGUGGGCCUCAACACGCUGUGCGUGGCCGUGGUGCACUACGACCAGCCCGACCUCCUCUCCGACUUCCUCUUCUAUGCGGAGUUCAUCUUCCUGGGCCUCUUUAUGUCAGAGAUGAUGAUAAAGAUGUACGGACUUGGGACUCGGCCUUACUUCCACUCCUCCUUCAACUGCUUCGACUGCGCCGUGAUCAUAGGCAGUAUCUUUGAGGUGAUCUGGGCAUGCAUAAAGCCAGGCACAUCUUUUGGCAUCAGUGUCUUACGAGCUCUCCGUCUCCUGCGCAUCUUCAAAGUGACUAAAUACUGGGCUCCGCUGCGUAACCUGGUGGUCUCUCUGCUCAACUCCAUGAAGUCCAUCAUCAGCUUGUUGUUCCUACUCUUCCUCUUCAUCGUGGUCUUCGCUCUACUGGGCAUGCAGCUCUUUGGAGGACAGUUCAACUUUGAAGACGGCACUCCCCCAACCAACUUUGACACGUUUCCAGCAGCCAUCAUGACUGUCUUUCAGAUCCUGACCGGAGAGGACUGGAACAUGGUGAUGUAUGACGGUAUCGAGUCCCAGGGGGGUGUGAACUCAGGCAUGGUCUUCUCCAUCUUCUUCAUAGUGCUCACGCUCUUUGGCAACUACACACUGCUUAAUGUAUUCUUGGCCAUCGCCGUGGACAACCUGGCCAAUGCUCAGGAGCUAACUAAGGACGAGGAGGCGGAGGAGGAGGCCUCCACUCAGAAGAUCGCUCUUCAGAAGGCCAAGGAGGUGGCUGAAGUGAGCCCCCUCUCUGCAGCCAACCUCUCCAUCGCUGCCAAGGAGAAGCAGAAGAACUCGAACCAGCCCAAGUCGGUGUGGGAGGCGCGCACAGCUGAGAUCCGCCGCCAGAACCUGAUGACCAGCAGAGAGGCGCUCUACAAUGAGCUGGACGCCGACGACAGCUGGAAGGUGAACUACCGGCAGAACCGGCCCGACGUGAAGACCCACCUGGACCGCCCGCUGGUGGUGAACCCGCAGGAGAACCGCAACAACAACACCAACAAGCCCCGCCCCGGCGACCCGCCCGAGCAGGCGCUCGACUACACCCAGCCCUGCCUGCGCCAGCCCGCCCGCCACGCGCCCGCCGCCCCCGCCGCCGGGAGAACCGGAGGAGCCGGACCCGCCGCGGGCGGCCCGCACCUGGCCCGCAGCCUGCAGUCCCUCCAGGAGGAGCACCGGGGCGAGGGCGGGGAGGGGGAGCAGCCGCGGAGGACGCGCCCGCACCGGAGGAGGGGGGCGGAGACCGGCGAGGGCGACGACAACAACGGCAACGGCGCCCAGGAGAGGAGACACAGGCGGCAUCGCCAUGACAAUGGCGACGGGCGCAAGGAGAGGUGCCGGCGCAAGAAGGAGUGCAGUCUGUCCACGUCCCGGCCCAUCCAGCAGGCUCUGUCGCGGCAGGACAGCCAGUACAGCGAGGACCUGGACAACCUGCGCAACAGCAGCCGGCUCUUCCUGGACCAGGAGCCCGAGGACGACCAGGGGGGCGAGCUCGACCUCGGCCUCGGCCUCGGCCUCGACCUCCGCGACCCCUUCUACGGCCACCACCAGCCCGAGCAGGCCAACAACCUGCUCAACAUGCAGGGCCCCGGCAGCGCCGAGCUCCAGCUGCUGGAGGGCAGCGGCGGCAGCCUCAUCCUGACCGACCCCAGCAAGACGCCAGGGCAGCUGGAGCACACCACCAUCCACAUGCCCCCGCUCUACCCCAACGCCAUCCUGCAGGUGAACAAGAACGCCAAUACGGAGGGCAAAAAGAAAGACGAGGAGAAGAAGGAGGAGGAGGACGAUGAUGGAGGAGAUGAAGAUGGACCCAAACCCAUGCCACCUUUCAGCUCCUGUUUCAUCCUCUCGACAACCAACCCGUUCCGUAAGUGCUGCCACUACAUCCUGACCCUGCGCUACUUUGAGAUGUGCAUCCUGUCCGUCAUCGCCAUGAGCAGCAUCGCCCUGGCAGCCGAGGACCCCGUGUGGCCCGAGUCACCCCGCAACAACGUGCUGCGCUACUUUGACUACGUCUUCACCGGUGUGUUCACAUUUGAGAUGCUGAUAAAGAUGGUGGUGCUGGGGCUGUUCCUGCACCAGGGCUCCUACUUCCGCGACCUCUGGAACAUCCUGGACUUUGUAGUGGUUAGUGGUGCUCUGGUGGCCUUCGCCUUCACAGGGAGCAGCAAGGGGAAAGACAUCAGCACCAUCAAGUCUCUGAGAGUACUGAGGGUACUGCGGCCUCUCAAGACCAUCAAACGGCUACCCAAAUUAAAGGCUGUGUUUGACUGCGUGGUGAACUCGCUGAAGAACGUGCUCAACAUCCUGAUCGUCUACAUGCUCUUCAUGUUCAUUUUCGCUGUGGUAGCUGUGCAACUCUUCAAAGGCCGCUUCUUCUUCUGCACGGAUGAAUCUAAAGAGUUUGAGCGCGACUGCAGGGGAGAGUACCUGGUGUACAACGGCAAUGAUGAUGUGAAGGCGCAGAAGCGGGAAUGGAAGAAGUACGAUUUCCACUACGACAACGUGCUUUGGGCCCUGUUAACUCUCUUCACCGUGUCCACUGGAGAGGGGUGGCCAAUUGUUUUAAAACACUCGGUGGAUGCCACCUAUGAGAACCAGGGCCCGAGCCCGGGGUACCGGAUGGAGAUGUCCAUCUUUUACGUGGUGUAUUUCGUUGUCUUCCCCUUCUUCUUUGUCAACAUAUUCGUGGCUCUCAUCAUCAUCACUUUCCAGGAGCAAGGAGACAAGAUGAUGGAGGAAUACAGUUUAGAAAAGAAUGAGAGAGCCUGUAUAGACUUCGCCAUCAACGCCAAGCCCUUGACCCGACACAUGCCGAAGAACAAGCAAAGCUUCCAGUACCGCAUGUGGCAGUUUGUGGUGUCGCCGCCGUUCGAGUACAGCAUCAUGUCUCUGAUCGCACUCAACACGGUCGUCCUCAUGAUGAAGUAUAAUGAAGCUCCUGAUGCCUAUGAAAAAACCCUGAAGAACCUGAACAUAGUGUUCACCACACUUUUCUUCAUGGAGUGUGUGCUAAAGAUCAUCGCCUUCGGUGUCCUGAAUUAUUUCAUGGACGCCUGGAACAUUUUUGAUUUUGUUUCUGUGCUCGGGAGCAUCACAGACAUCAUAGUGACGGAAUUUGUGAAUAACUUCAUAAACCUGAGUUUCCUGCGGCUCUUCCGAGCUGCUCGACUCAUCAAGCUCCUCAGGCAGCAGGAGACCAUUCGCAUCCUGCUCUGGACCUUUGUGCAGUCCUUUAAGGCUCUGCCAUAUGUGUGCCUGCUUAUUGCCAUGCUGUUCUUCAUUUAUGCCAUCAUCGGGAUGCAGUUGUUUGGUAACCUGGCUCUGGACGAGGAUAGUGCCAUCAACGUACACAACAACUUCAGAACCUUCAUCAUGGCCCUCAUGCUGCUCUUCAGGAGUGCCACGGGUGAGGCGUGGCAUGACAUCAUGUUGGCAUGUCUGGGCAGCAAUCCUUGUGACCCCGACUCGGGCAACCCCAAGCCUGAGUGUGGCAGCAACAUGGCCUACGCCUACUUCGUCUCCUUCAUCUUCUUCUGCUCCUUCCUGAUGUUGAACCUGUUUGUGGCCGUCAUCAUGGACAACUUUGAGUACCUGACCCGGGACUCAUCCAUCCUGGGCCCGCACCACCUGGAUGAGUAUGUGAGGAUAUGGGCCGAGUAUGACCCCGCAGCCUGCGGGCGCAUUCAUUACAAGGAUAUGUACAGUUUAUUACGAGUAAUCGACCCCCCUCUUGGUCUGGGCAAGAAAUGUCCACAUAGAGUGGCCUGCAAGAGGCUGCUGCGCAUGGAUUUGCCGGUCGCCGACGACAACUCGGUGCAUUUCAACUCCACUCUCAUGGCCUUGAUCCGUACUGCCCUGGACAUCAAGAUUGCAAAGGGGGGCGCAGACAAACAUCAGAUGGAUGCCGAGUUGCGCAAGGAGAUGAUGGCCAUCUGGCCCAACCUGUCCCAGAAGCACCUGGACCUCCUGGUCACUCCGCACAAGUCAGCGACAGACCUGACGGUGGGGAAGAUCUACGCGGCCAUGAUGAUCAUGGAGUACUACCGCCAGAGCAAGGCCAAAAGGCUCCAGGCUCUCCGUGAGGAGCAGAACCGAACGCCAUUAAUGUUUCAGCGCAUGGAGCCGUCCCCGACCCAGGAAGGGGGACAGCCGGGGGUCAACGGGGUCCCCCAGAUUCAGCAGGAGCCAAUCAACAGUCUACCUCCUCCGGGUGACAUGACAGAGAGCCAGUCCUGGGUAACGACUAAAGCCCAGGAAAUGUUCCAAAAAACGGGCAACUGGAGUCCCGACCAGCCCUACCCUGAUGAAACCCGCGACAACCGUCACAAUCCACAGACCAUCACAGACAACAGUCCACUGCGGCGCUCCACCUCGUCUCUGGUGCACGGGCGCUCGGGCCGCGGCGUGCGCCUAGACGACUACUCGCUGGAGCGCGUGGUGUCCGAGGAGGGCAGCCAGAGGCACGGACGCCGCCACCGCAACCGCGACCACGACCACAGCCACCGUGCCUCCGAGAGGUCGCUGACCCGCUACACCGACGCCGACACGGGCCUGGGCACAGACCUGAGCACCACCACCCAGUCGGGUGACCUGCCGCCCAAGGAGCGGGAGCGGGAGCGCGGGCGCGCCAAGGACCGGCGGCACCACCACCACCACCACCACCACCACCACUCCUCCUCCAUGGACAAGGAGCACUACGGGCCCGAGCGCCACGCCGACUACCCGCCGCACCACCACGGCCACGACCACCGCGAGCGACACUGGUCGCGCUCGCCCAGCGAGGGCCGCGACGGCCGCACGCACCGACAGGGCAGUAGUUCGGUGAGCGGGAGCCCCGUGCCGUCGACGUCGGGGACCAGCACCCCCCGCCGCGGGCGCCGGCAGCUGCCCCAGACCCCGUCCACGCCGCGGCCGCACGUGGCCUACUCGCCGGCGGUGCGCAAGCCGGCGUACGGCUCGCCGGGCUCUCACCAGCCGCCGGGCUCGCAGCCGCGCCUGCGCUCGCCCUCGCCGCGCCACUACUCCCCGCCGACGCCGGGCCACCCGGACGGCCCCGCCUACCGCGGCCCGCCGUCGCGCCACGCCUCCCCGCACCACCACCACCACCAGCACGGCUCGCCGCGCUCGCCCCGCCACCAACACCACCACCACCACCACGGCGGCGGCGGAGGAGGAGGGGGUCGCUGGGCCGGGCCUCCCCCGCACCCGCCUCCGCUGUCGCACGAGGGCAGCCUGGAGGGCGACGGGCCGUUCUACGAGCCCGACUACGAGUACGAGCGCCACCACGAGCCGCCGGCGUACGAGCAGAGCCUGCACGAGGGGGGGGGCAACCCGCACCACCACCACCACCACAUGCCGCCGGGCCCGCCGCUGCCCCCGCCGCAGCAGCAGCAGCCGCGCUCGCCCAGGACAGCCCGCCACCACGGAGGAGGAGGAGGAGGAGGAGGAGGAGGGCCCCCGCCGGGCCCCCCGGGGCCGCACCCGCGCCGCGUGCCCAACGGCUACCGCUCGUCCUCGCCCUCUCCGCACCGGCGCGGCCCCCACCCGCCGCCCCCGCCCGGGGGCCCCAACCGGCCGCACCCCCACGGCCGCGGGCCCCGCAAGGGCCUCCAUGAACCCUACAGCGAGACCGACGAGGACGACUGGUGCUAG